CCCAGCAACUUGAGGAAAACUAGAUAACCUAAAGAAAACUAGUGAAGCCAAGGGACACCAGGAAGCAAGAGGAUACCAGACAACUUUGAGAAAAAAAAAAACAGAGAACCCAGAGAAAAUUAGAUCACCUGGGAGAACACAAAUAACCAAAAUGAAAGUGAGACGAGAACGAGAAACUGAGAGUGUGUGAGUUUAAGUGAACUUAUAUUCUGCAGCGAGAACGUCUGGUGUCUUUGUGCUUCUGUAACCAACUUACUUAAUAUUUUAUGCUUAAUUUGGCUGCCUAAUUUGCAUUCAUCAACUCGCUGCACAUGCUUUCAAAUCUAAAAAAAAAAAGGAAAAAACUGUAGAUAAUACAUUGCUGAUUAAGACUACAUUACCCAUGAACCCUCACUGCUAACGAACACACUUCCGGUAUUUUUUUAUAUGAGCUUGCCGUGGUUAUAUUGUCUUCCAUGACGGCCAUUAAAACAAAACAUGGAUUAAACUGUAUGAUUUUGUUUACGCUGGAUUAAGAGACACUAUUUUUGCACGUUUGUUCGCUUUUGUAUUGUGUUUUUAUUAGCAUUAAACGACAGCUAGCUUGUAUGCUUAAAAGGGCAACGGAGUAGAGCUGGUGGGGCCCACUCUGAAAGAAACCAGUGCGUUUAUUUGUUUUUUCCAUCAUGGCAUCGAAUAAAGAGGCUCAGCGCAGGCAGCGGCGUAAGGAGCUGGACGCUAGGAGGAGCAAGUUUCGCAUGCGGCUCGGCUCAUGGCCGGAGAGCUGGAGUAAACUGAAGGAUGAGCUGGGGUUCUCUCAACACUCAGAGCUUGCACAGUUCCUGCUGGACAGUUACUCCUGCAAAGUGUGCAGCAGAUGUUCCGGUGUCAAAAAAGAAGUAAUCUCAGUAACUGUGGCUUCCCUGGAUCAGCUUAUCCUCCUGGUUCACAGUCAUGGACAAGAGUGCCCUUUGACCCUGAGCCUGCGGUCUGACCCACACAGACAGGAAGUGAAGGAGAGACCUCUGGAAGAAAAUCCUGAAAUGUCGCCGAGGUCAUCUGAAGCAGUUGGAGCCAAACAGUGUCUUACGUACGUCUGUGAAGGCGGACACACAUUCACCUGGCGUCUGAUACACACGGAGGAGGACGAUGAUGGUGACAAGAGUGAAGAAAGAAGUGCAGCUCCAUCAGUAGGGAGGAAGACCAGAGAACGACGGAGGAAAGGAGAGAAACAGGAAAGGGUGUGUAGGAUGACGAGCAGAAGGAACACGAAAGGGAGAUCCGACUCUGACGGAAGGAUGGACGGAGUCAGGCAGAGCGAUGAGACAGAGAGAGUGAAGAAAAAUCAGGAUGCAGACUGUUUGUAUCAGAGUGAUGCAAUGCAAGAUGAACAGGAUGCAAGUUCACAGGAAGGAAUUGAGACGGCGCUUCUCCUCUCGUCCUUAAAGUACAGCACUGAGACUGAGACUGAGGCCAGUGACUGUCAAACUACCAGAGGAGAAAUCCAGGACUCUGUCGAUAAAAGUGUCUCAGGGUCGGAGUUGCAGAAUCAGGGAGGGCCUUCAGACUCCAGCAGGGAUGCUGUGUGGGAUGCACUACCAAACCCAGCCACAAGAGAGAGUAAGAGGAGAGAAGAUGAUCCUGAGACUGGAAAAAUUGAGGAACUGAAAACGAGAGCGAGGAGAAAAACCAGCAGAGCAGCUUCAGACAAAGCCGAGCUUCUGCAGAUAAGCAGCAGAAGGAAAAGAAAACCAUCUCAGAAGCUCAUUUUACCGUGUGAGUUUGACGGCUGCUGGAAAAUAUUUUCCAGCCGUCAGUAUCUCAACCACCACAUGAAGUACCAGCACGUCCAGCAGAAGACCUUCGCUUGCUCCGAUCCCUCCUGUGGAAAAUCGUUCAACUUCAAGAAGCACCUUAAAGAGCACGAGAAGCUGCACAGCGAUCAGAGAGAUUACAUCUGUGAGUUCUGUGCUCGUGCAUUCCGCACCAGCAGCAACCUGAGCAUCCAUCGCAGAAUCCAUACAGGAGAGAAACCACUGCAGUGCGAGGUGUGUGGCUUCACCUGCCGUCAGAAGGCCUCUCUGAACUGGCACAUGCGUAAACACGACGCCGAGCACAACUAUCGAUUUGCUUGUGAGAUCUGCGGCCGGCGCUUCGAGAAGAGGGACAACGUGACCGCUCAUCGGAGUAAAACUCACCCAGAUCAUGUGACCUCUGACUUUUCUAAAAAGCCUGCACCGAAUGACCUUUGACCUACCUGAUGCUGGGGUUAUCAUUAAACGUGUGCCAAUGUUAAAUGCUUGGGUCAUGAUUAUCACAUAACUUGUAUUACUGUUAAAAAUUCCAGCUGUAACACAAACAUUAUCUUCUUCUGGGUUCCUUUGACCUGAAGUCGUUCUGGUGUUGCCUUUUAAGGAAAGUGGGUGGAGCAAACCCCAAAAUUAAAGCACACUGAUUCCAUUUUAUAGCAGUAUUAAACAAUUAUGUAUUAUGAAUAAAUAUACAAAUAGGAGGAGUUUUGGAUGAAGCAUUGACUCUUGCAAGAGUUUAAAUUUGGACUCAGAGAUCCAAUUUUCAUACAAAUUUUGUGUCAGACAGUUAGUUUAGACCGAGCAAUCUGACUGGAUGAGAGCCAUUCCACAUGUGGGGAUAAUAGACUUUAACAUCUGCAGUGUUCUACAACAUGUUCUAUUAUUUUGCGGCUACAAAGUUAUCCAGCUUCUAACACAAGGCUGAAUCCCAAAUCACUCUAAGCCCACAUCAAGGGCACUCCUUGGUGGAUGUGACAAUAGAUUUUACACCCUACAUAGCUCACUAGCUUUUCAUUUAACGCUAUUUGGGAUUCAAACAUGGAAAUUAAUGGAGGUGAUAUUCUAAAGCGGAAAAAAUUAAAAUAUAAAGAGAAACAUAUGAGAUUUACACGACUGUCCACCACCUCCAUGGUUUAUCCUCCUCACCUAUUAGCUACAUAGUACCGGUAAGAACUUCAAAAGACUUUAACCCCGUUAAUUACACUGUCUGUUGUCAGAUCCCCCAGUCGCGACUAGUUAGUUCCCCAGUCGCGGAUUGAAAUAUCCGGUUAAAUACAGAAACAAAUCAUAAUCUGUUGAUAAUAUAAGUUGUUGUAUAAAAGCAGAAUCCCACAAGAACUGUUGUUCUGAAUUUCAGCACGGCUAUGACCCCUU